AUGACAGCGUCGACGCCGUCAGCGCACGCGCGCGUGGCGCCGUCGUCCGCGGAGCGCAAGAGCGUGCGCAAAUCGAUCCAGGACACCUUCGAGAAGGGCUUCACGACCUCGAAGGACAGCGUCGACAUCCCCCACACGAUGCUCGACGCCAUCUUCGACGACCUGAAGCAGCCCAACGAGUGCAUCUCGGGCGCGGAGCUGCGCGCCGUCGGCUUCAAGCUCGUCGACGAGUUCGUGUCGCACCUGCUGCGCCACAUCAACCACGGCGACCCGGACCGGCGCAUGCAGCUGACGCGGGAGAUCAUCCAGCUCCAGACCAAGGUGCACCGGCACCGCUUCCAGGUCGACGCCUGUGUCGAGCGCGGCCUCGCGGACCUCGAGCGCGAGCGGGUCGAGCACGAGCGCGCGCAGCUCGCGCUCCUCCAGGCGCCGGAGCCCGUGCGCGACGACGAGGUCGUGGACGGCGGCUGCUGGGGCGACGACCUCGGCGUCUGGCUCUGCUCGGGCUGCAGCGCCCACGGCCGCCGGAGGGGCGAGCGGAGCGCGUGGCUCUAG